AUGGAUAAACUACGUGCGAAAUUGAAGUCGAAAUCUCCAGUUCAACAUGCACCCAAAGAAGCAGACAAGAAGAUUGAAGAGGUUACAACACACCCUAAUCUCCCAAAGUUUAUGGAUUGUGGUGUUUUUCUGGCUAUUUUUGCUGAAUAUCUUACUGAUGGAAUUUCUAUUCCAAUUACUGCACUACAUGCCGAAUUCUUCCGUUCAAGAUAUGUCGCACUAUUGUGGAAUUAUGGUUGUCGAAAGUCCAAGAAUAGUUAUUUUGAAAUCUUGGAAGCAAUUACAAAGUUGAUCAACAACAACAUAACCCCUUGUUUGCCUCUAUGUGGCACGAUCACUGCCUCGGGUGAUCUUGUCCCAUUGUCCUACAUUGCUGGUUUGCUCACUGGUAGGCCUAAUUCCAAGGUUGUUGGACCCAAUGGUGAGAAACUUAAUGCUGAGGAAGCGUUCCGCGUUGCUGGAGUUAUAGGUGGAUUUUUUGAGUUGCAGCCUAAGAAAGGACUUGCACUUGUGAAUGGUACAACAGUUGAUUCUGGUAUGGCAUCAAUGGUCCUGUUUGAGUCCAAUAUUCUUGCUGUUAUGUCUGAAGUUUUGUCAGCGAUAUUCAUCUCGAUUCGCUUGAUGAAAAUCGAAUUUUGGGUGGAUUUUUUGUUCGCAGUUAUGCUCUGUUUUUUGAGUUUUUCUUUUUCUUCAUAA